CAGGUCGCGUCGCAUCCCAUCGCCGAAAUCGAACUAAAUACCGAACACGCGCGCCCCUCCUCGUAUCCAUCCUAGCGCGUCCUGCUGUGCAUCAUCACGAAUCCGGAUUGACCAACGUUUUGUAGCCCGAUAUCCACGAGCUUGCGAAGAGAAACCAUCGGGCGCCGUGUUGCGCUCAAUGCGCCAAAAUGGCACCGACCAAGCCGACCGUCGAGCACACGGUCGACCGCACCCCCGAAUAUGAGAAGUUCAUUGAGGAAUUGCGCGCCUUCCACGAGAAGCGCGGCACGAAUUUUGACCCAGAGCCUAAGAUGGGAAAUACUACGGUCGACCUGCUCAAGCUCUUCAAAUACAUUGUCCAACAUGGCGGCUAUGACAAGGUGUCUGACGAGAAGCUGAUGUGGCGGAAGAUGUGUGAGGGUUUGGGAUUGAUGCGGCAUAACGCUCCGGCAGAUGCCUAUACUCUGAAGCAAAUCUUUUACAAGAACCUGGCUGCGUACGAAAUCAAAACGAUACACAACAAGGAACCUCCGCCGCCCGAGAUUCUCGAAUUCACCACAGCCAAGGGAGGCUCGCUUCUCACUCGGACACUGGAAACAUAUCAAGCAAGGUCCAAGGCCGACAGAGAAGGGUCCACAGAGGACGGUACGCCUAGUAGGGAGCGCCGUGCCGAGGAUACUCCAACCUCGAGUCGGGCCUCCCGUGGUCUGCGAGAAGCUCCAGCACCCAGAGUCAUCUUUCACCCCGACACGAACCCAACGCGGCAGACCCGAAACGCUUCAGCCCAGCAUUCUGGGGCGUCCGGCUCUACGACGCACUCUCAAGCCCACUCUCAGUCCCACCAAAACUCGCAGUCGCACAGCGGCACGCCGGCCGCGAUGCACCAGAGCCAGCCUCACCCUGGACGCGGCGCGCCCUCAGCUCUCUAUAAUCCUCCGGGACCCGACAUGAGCAACCCUCUCGUACAGAGUUACCAACCACAGCCGCCUCAGCAGGUGCCGUUGCGUAUCGUUGACACUCCUGCGAGCAACCCAGACCUAUUCGCAAAGAAGCAGCGGCUGCAACGACAACCAGCAGCUCCGGCACCGAAUCCGGCAUCUCUUGUUCGUGCUUCUCUUCCUCCAGGUACGCUCGACGGUCCCAACAUUUAUGAGAGGUGUCUCUUGGCCCUACGCUCCGGUAUUCAGGCGGAGCAGGCCUUCGGUUUGAACCAUCUGGUGAAGAUAUCCUACGAACGUGGCGACAAGUACAAAUUCUCCCAGUUCAGCGGCUUGGCAGAGGGAUUGACCGAGUUUGCUCUUGGCGUCGGGAAACUGUUUUACGACGUCGAAUGGACCAUCUCUAACGACCCGGAUUACGACGACGGCGAGAUUGGCGAGCUCGACGGCAUCAAUGGUACAGCUGACAUCCUCGAGAGGAUUGCGCAGCUAAAGCCCAAAGACCUGCAAGACAAUUUUCAGCCUGCAGAGUUCACGGACCAGCUCGUCUUGAUCACCGAAGCCGUUCUGACCAUUCGUAACAUGGUCAUGUUGCCCGAGAACGCCUGGUUCAUUUCCGACUAUCCACCAGUCAAGGAUCUCAUAUGCAUUCUGCUUCACCUUCCGCCAUUGGACCUUGUAGUUGAGUUGAAGCAUUGUGCUCUCGACAUUGCGGAGCAAAUAACACCCCAUCUAGUCCUCGACUCCGAAGAUCCUCUUUACCAGACAUUGCUCUCCCAGCUCCAAUCAUCAGACCGCGGCAUCAUACUCGCCGCCCUCCGGGCUCUGGGCCGCAUCGCCAUGAACCAUCCCACCGAGACAAACCAGCUGGGUGGAGUUCCGCCUGCCAUCCUUCAGUCCCUGAUAGAUUGGCUGAUGCUCAACGACGACGAGCUUGUGGACGCGAUCCUAGAUUUUCUGUACCAGUACACCGCUGUCGUUUCCAACCUGGACGUGAUGUUGGAGGGGACGAAUGUUGAGCACCUCGUGGUCCAUCUUGUCCGGCUACUCUCUCACGGAGCUAAGCGCUCCCAGCGAGAGGUAGUCCUUAGCGAGGCGCGCCUCGCUUAUGAACCCGCCUCCGAGCAUGUGAUUCCCAUUCCCAAAGACCUACAAGAGCGACUAUUGGCCAUGGAAGAACCUGAGCGUUGCUAUGCAUGGCUCCGCUGCUUCUUUGAGGAAGACCCGGAGGCACAGAUCACACAGAUUGCCAUCUGGCAGGCGUACAACGCGGCUUUCCUCGAGUCUCUGAAAAGGAUGGGCCGCACGAUGAUCAACGCGCCCGAGUUCAUCCGGCACAUCAGCACCGUGUACCAGAACGCGGGCGCCCAAGUCGUCCGCGAAGCCAACGGCGAGUCGCAAAAGUUCAUCAUGCGCGGGAUCCGCCCCCGCACCUUCCCCAUCACCAUCGAUGGCCGCGGCUAUUUCCAAUGCCAGUGGCAGCCCGCGCCUGGCCAACAGCACAUCCAGUGCCGCACGUGGAACACGACCGCCGAGAAGAUGUGGCAACACAUCCUGGCCGACCACCUCGGCGAGGCCCCGACCAGCGAAGACGGCAAGUUUCAGAAUCGCGAGGGUACCUACACCUGCGCCUGGGACGGGUGCGCCAAGUACCCGAAACCGACCAGGCUCCAGCUGGCCCAAUUCAUGACGCAUAUCAAGACGCACCUGAGGGCCGAAGAAGCCCGGCGCGCCGCAGAGACUGCCGCUGUCCUCGCGCAACCGGACAUCCCGUCAACCCCGCACGGCGGCAGCACGGUGGCCGCAUCCCCAUCCAAGCAGCGGGGGUCCAUUUCUGGAGCCGGCGCCGCCGGCGGUGGCAGCAUCCCCAAAGGGGCGCGCGUCAUCCGCCCUGCCACGACCAUCACGCUGACAUACGAGGAAACGGCCUCGGCCCGCGACGAGCGCAAUCCGAACGCGCCCCCGCAGGCGGCGGGCAUACCGCUGUCGGCAGCGCUGAUCCUGCGGAACAUUGCGCGGAACGUGGUCAAGACGGCGGCCGAGGAGAGGCUGCUUGCUUCUUCUUCCUCCGCCCAACAAGGGGGAGGAGGAGUGGAGGGGGAGAGCAACAAGGCAAAGGACUCGGGAGUCGGGAUCAAGGGCGGGUGGAACGAAAGGCUGUUCAGGCCUGUAAUGCCGCGGCUGUGGGAGGUGUUUACUGAGAAUCGGCUGCUGGCGCCGUACAUGACGAGCUUGUUCCAGCUAUUGGAGAGGGAGAGGGAGGAAUAUGCGUUUGGGGACUACUAGCUUGGGGGGGGGGGGGGGAGAUAAAUCAAGGGACUGCCAUGUAGUUCCCUUGCUCCAAGAUAUGGCGCCUUUUCCCCCCCCGGCUUCGCUGUUUCCUUUUUUUUUUUUUCCCAUCUAGUUGGAGAAUGAGGCGAGGCAGAGUGGGAAGGGCCGCUUGUGGGGGUGCAGCUGCGCGAUAACAUCCUGCGGUUGUUUCAAUUUCUCUUUCUCUUAGGAACAGGGAAGGUUGAGAUCUGGGUCUGGGUCAAGGAACGAGAUUCAUGAAGGGAACGGCGGCCUUGGAAGAGGCGAAGAUGGGUAACACAUCCAUGACCGCUGUGUAAAGUGUUGUUUUCUGACUUGGUAUGUGUGUACAGUAAUACCCUUCCUUUGCCUGGAGUUUGAAGGAUCAGCGGGGAGGGAGGGGUUGGGUGCUCUCUGUCUGGAAUGGAUGAUCAUCGUUAGAUCUUGGUUCGCCGAUCAGCGGGCGUCUUUUCCCUAGAUCGCGAUUGGAAAAUUCCGAGAAUUAUACCUUUUAUUAU